AUGUAUGGAAAAAGUGGGAGAAAGAAGGCUUUUCUAGAGAAUGGAAGCAUGCUUUUGGAGAAGCUGGUUGCUGCCUGUGAUGGCAGGCCUGUUCCCAUCCGUAGUUUCUCUUAUGCAGAGCUUAGAUCUGCAACACAUAGCUGUGAUCCUCAAAUUGUUCUGCGUGCUGAAGACUACUGUAAAUGGUUCAAGGGUUCUCUUGAGGGAAGAACCAUCUCCAUCAAAAAGUACAACGGAUAUCUAAGCUCGCUCGAGUAUGUCUUCACCGACAUAGCCAUUUCUGCAAAGAUGAGAGCUCACAAGAAUGUUCUAAAGCUAAUUGGGUGUUGUCUCGAGACCCAGUUUCCCAUUUUGGUGCACGAGUCUAUUGCAAGCGAGACCCUUGCCGAUCGAAUUCAUGCCUUUGACUAUUUUCACACCUCCUAUGUAACUGAGAAAACUGAUGUCUAUAGUUUUGGUAUGCUUCUGUUAGUUCUUUUAACGGGAAGAGAUGCAAUCGAUCUCCUCCAUUCGGCAACAAUCGAUGAAGAAGAUACUCACUACCAUGUGGAAGAGUACAUGAGACAUCGUCAGGUAAAUGAGAUCCUGGAUGCUGCAAUCAUGGCAAAAGCAGGAGGAACAGACAUGGAGCAGCUGCAAGCAGUGCUGCAGCUGGCUCUCAUGUGCGUUGGUGUGGAUCCAAAGAUGAGGCCAACUAUGGUUGAUGUUACGAAACAACUAAGGCAGAUUGAUAGGCUUGUCCCAUGA